AUGGCAACGCUAGAUCUUUAUUUCCUUUCUGCUCUCAGUGCGACUUCAAGUCCCGCUUCAGUAGUGACUGACGCAUACCCAGGUGCUCUCGCAUAUGAUGGACUCUACGGAAACCGUAUCACCCCAGGACUUGCAUCACCAGCUCUGGCAUAUAGUGAUGCUGUCUUACCAGGAAGAGUUUACAACGGUCUUGGAUACAAUUCUGCUGUAGAUACCAUCCACAGUCCAGGUAUUGAUGCCUUCGGAUACCCAUCUGCUGCAGAUGCUCUUGAAUUUACCCCAACCAGCGGUGGAGCCCUUCCAGUUUCCAGUGCAUCUGCAAUCCCUCCCACUGGGAUUGCUGUAUCUUCUGACAACGCUUAUGAAGGAUCUUUGGCUGUUGGCGGAGAGCUGCCGUUUGUGGGUACCGUCGCUAUGGAAGGCGUGGUGCCCUCUGCCGGUGCUGGUGCUGUUAACCAUGCCUGUGGUAAUGGUAGAAACGCCAUGGCGAGUGGCUCUGCUGCCUAUGCUCCAGCUGCAGUGUCCCCGUUUACUGCUUACGGCCCUGCUCCUGGUUUUGCCCCAGGUUUCUCAUACCCUGGUAAAUUUGGAUGUGGAUUCUAAGAGUCCAGUCCAAAAUGUUAUUCAGUUUUUAAUAUAUGAGUUUUA